AUGUCAGGAUCUAGUGCAUGUUCAAAGAUUCCAACACUUAAAGAUUUGGAGGAUGGGAACGAGCGAGAGUUUGAUAUUUUGGUGUCUACAGCUUCAACAUCUCCUAAGCAGCAAGAUAUUGAGGUGCCCGAUAUUUCGCAGCAAAGUGCGUCGUUGAGCAAUGGUUUGAGUAAGAAGGAGAAUUAUACACAGGGCAACGAAAUGCUCAACUCAUUAGGAACGCCUUGA